AUGUGCUGUGAUAAUAUUUGUAAGGACGGGUUCGCCAUCCCAUCGCCCUUCCUCUCUCUCGCUGCCCUUCAUGUCUUCCGUCGCCCUUCCUCUCCCGUCGCCCUUCUUCUCUCUCCUCCCGCCACCCUCGCGUCUCAUCGCGAUCGCGUUCCCAACGCACUCCCGUCACCCUCCGUCCCGCCUUUCGUAAAUUAUUACCUCCCCUCGCGUCGUUCCUCUUCUCUUCCCUCCCCUCCCGUCGAUCCCUCGAUCCCGUGCCCUCGCUCUCUCCCUUCCCUUUCCGUCGCCCUCGCUCUCUUCCCUCCCUUUCCGCCGCCCUCGUUCUCUCCCCUCCCUUUCCGUUGCCCUUGUUCUCUCUCAUCCCUUUCCGUCGCCCUCGUUCUCCCCCCUCCCUUUCCGCUGCCCUCGUUACCUCCCCUCCUUUCCGACGCCCUUGUUCUCUCCCCUCCCUUUCCGCCGCUCUCGUUCUCUCCCCUCCCUUUCCGUCGCCCUCGUUCUCUCCCCUCCCUUUCCGUCGCCCUUGCUUUCUCCCCUCCUUUUCCGUCGCCCUCGUUCUCUCCCCUCCCUUUCCGUCGUCCUUGCUAUCUCCCCUAG